AUGGCUUCGGGGCGCGCGGAGGCGGCGGCACCGCGGGUGGCAGAGCUGGAGGAAGAGCUGCGGAGUCUGGCGGAGGAGCUGGGCCGCUGCCAGGCUGAUAAAGAAUUUGUGUGGUCUCUGUGGAAACGUCUCCAAGUGUCAAGUCCAGAUCUUACUGAAGUUGUCAGCUUGGUUGUGGAAAGAGAAAAGCAGAAAACUGAAGUCAAGGACAGAAGGGUUUUAGAGAUUUUGCAAGCCAAAGACAGCAAAAUAGAAACCCUAGAACAGAGACUCACAGGACAGCAGCAGGAGAUAAACAACUUAAUACAGAGAAAAAUUGCUGUGGAUGAGGAAAAUGCCCGUUUGAAGAAUGAAUUCAGUAACUUGAACCAGAAAUUUAAAGAUAAAAGCCAAGAACUUAAGGACACUGAGGAGUGUGCACAGAAUAAGGAAGAGCAAAACAGACUGGUUAUAAAAAACCUGGAGGAGGAAAAUAAGGGAUUAAAUACAUGCUGUGCUGACCUGCUAAAUGACCUGGAGAAACUGAGGAAGCAGGAGGCACAAUGGAAAACAGAAAAAUCUGGCAAUGAUGCCAGGAUAAAGAAUUUGGAAACUGAUUUAGCAGAGGCAAGAGAACAAAUGAAAGAGUUGCGCAGUAUAUGCAGUAACUUGUCAACUCAGGUAGCUGUGAAACAGGAAGAACUGUCUCAAAAGGACUGUGAUGUGAUCAGAGCUAGGAAGGAGUUACAGGAGAUGCAGAAUCUUUACAGACAAAACAUUAAACAUACAGCACAGCAGGCUGAGCUGAUAAAGCAGCUUCAGGCUCUCAAUACUGAUACACAAAAAGUACUGAAAGACCAAGAAGAUGCUCACACAGCUGAAGCAACAUCAUAUGAAAAACUUUAUAACGAAUUGACUUCGUGUUUUGAAACUGUUAAAACAAGUGAAAUUCAACUGCAGCGAAACUGUGCCUCUCUUCAGGAUCAGUUGCUUAGAAAAGAUCAAAAGAUUUGUCAGCUACAAGAGCAACUUCAGAAGGCUCAUGAUGCUUUAAAUGCAUUACAUGAGAAUUCUUCUCCAAAAUGUGAAGUACAGGUAUUUCAACAGCCGCCUUUAAGUGAGCUAGAGUGCAUUAUUACAAUGCAAAAAUCUGAAAUUGAGCUUUUACAGAAAAAAUUGAAAAAAGCAAGUCUUAACCUAGCAGAGCAUAAUUUUUACACUACAGAUACUCUGGAAAGCAACAAUAUAAGGACUGGAAGAAAGCAUGAGGAACCACCUGUGAAACGUUCAAGGUCUCUGUCCCCAAAGAGCUCUUUUAGAGAGUCAGAGGAGACUCAAGAAACUGAUGAGCUAAGAGCAGCCCAUGAAAAAUGCAAAGAGAGGCUGCAGAUGUUACAGACCAACUACAGAGCACUAAAAGAGCAAUUAAAGCAGUGGGAAGAGGGCGAUAGCAGGGUUGAAAGUAGUAAAACCAGAUACCAGCAUGCAGACCCCCGUCAGCUUUGUCAAGAGGAUUCUGAUGCUGUGUGGAAUGAACUGGCUUUUUUCAAAAGGGAACACAAAAAGCUGUUGAUUGAAAAACUGAAUCUUGAAGAAGAACUGGAUCAGAUGAAAGUACACCUAUCUGUGGAGCCACUUUUUAAACUUAGUGAAGAUGAUGGGGUCAAGAACAGUACUCCAGAGAGGAAUAUGAAAGAAGUUUCACAUCAGAUGUUACAGAAGGUACAACAACUAGAAAGAAGAUUCAAAGCUAUUGAAGGGGAAUUAAAGAAACAGAAAGAAGUAAAUAAAGACUUACUGAAGGAGAAAAAUUAUUUGAAAGCAUCUUUAAAAGUGCAAAAGGAAGAUGCAGACACAAGAGAAAGAGAGCUGGAAACGCUACUUACGAGGAUUUGUGAAAUAAAAAAAGACAAAGCAGAACUUCAGUUAGUGAUUGAUGAGCAGCAAAAAGAAGCUGCCUCUUUGAAGAGGCAAGUGGCAGAAGCUAACAGGUUGAGAAAUGAAAAUGAAGAUUUGCUGAGUCAAUUGCAGGAGCUGAAGUGUUUGCUGGAUGAAGCCAAAGCAGUGGCAACCUCUGGGCGAUGUAAUUGCAAGAUAACAGGCACCAAGGUUAAAUUAAAAACAGCUAAGAAAAAGAGCUCUUUGGGACAUCAUGGAGCUUUUCUCAAACAGUCCAUCAAGGUUAUGAGUAAUGUAUUUGAGAACUUCAGUAAGGACGGCUGGGAGGAUGUGAGUGAAAGCAGUGACUCUGAAAUACCAACUUCUGAAAGUUUGGAAACAGUGAUUAUGAAGACAGUGCAAAACAUUGAUCCACUGCCAGACAGAAGUAAACAACAGGGAAAAAAGCAAAUACAAGAUAGUCAAAAGCCCUGCAACAUUAUUCAUUUAGAAGGCAAAACCCAGCAGUAUAAUAAAAAGGGCCAUUCACAGAAUAAAGAAAAGUUACAUUCCAAGAGGAGGAAGAUCUGCUGUCUCAUAACAUCUUAUCCAUCAAUUCUAAGCAAAGCGAACAGAACAAAAAGGAGAAAUAUCAUUGUCCAGAAACCGGGCUACUCUGUUACUCUACUGCAGGAAAGAAUUAAGUCAUUGCAGCAGCAGAUAGCUGUUUUACAGAAUGAAAAAAAGACAGCAGUGUCUUCUGUGAAGGGAUUUAAAGAAACCAAUGAAAAACUAACAACUCAGCUACAUUUGGCUGAUCAGAGACUUCAAACUAGUAAACUGACCAUAGAGGUGUUGACCUCCAACCUGGCCAAGUGGCAACAGGAGAAAGAAGAUUUACAAGGAAAAUUGAAGUUGAGAGAACAUCUGUCUCGAACUGCUGGCAAGAGUGAAGCCACACCAGCUCCUUCAAAGAACAUUGAUUCAGAGAUGAAACAGCUGCAGUGGAAACUAAAGAAUUCGAAUAAUGAAAUCACUAAGCAAUCAACCACCAUUAAGUCACUAAAAAACGAAGUCCAGGAAAGAGAAGAACGGAUUCGGGAACUACAAGCGAAGAUUUCUCGAUUGGAGAGGGACCUUAAUAUGAAAAGACAUUUGAUAGAAGACUUAAGGUCUCGUCUAAAAGCAAAUCAAGAAAAUGAGAAAACCUCUAAUGAAACAUUAGAAAGUCUUGAGAGAAAGGUAAAGGCACUGGCUGGAGACUGUUUGAACAAAAAAACUUCCAUCGACUCGCUGAAACAAAGACUUAAUGUAGCUACAAAAGAGAAGUCUCAGUAUGAGCAGAUGUAUCACAAGGCUAAAGAUGAGUUGGAGAAAAAGGAUCUCAAGCUUACCAAUCUAGAGAGCAAAAUGAUGGAGACUGAAUGUGCCAUGACUGAACUUGAGACUACUGCAUCUCAACAACUACAUGGCUUGGCUAAACAGAGUGGGCAGGCUUUGGAAACUGUACAGAAGAAGCUGCUGCUCACCAAUGACAAAGUCGAAGAGUUCAUGACAUUUGUGAAGGCUUUAACCAGAGAGUUACAGCACAGCGUACAAGAACUGAGAACAAAAAUCAAACAGGCAAAAAAAAUGGGAGAAGUGAGAGCAUGCAAGAAGGGUCUUUCCCAAGAGUCUGUUCAGUUGGCAGCAUCUAUCCUUAAUGUUUCAACAACCGAUCUUGAGGAGAUAUUAGAAGUAGAAGAUGAUGAGGAAACAGCAAAGACAAAAAUGGAAUUUGAAAAAGAUAAAGAGUGGCUGCAGUAUAUACAGAAACUUCUUGAAGCACAGUUUCCUUUUGCCUCAUACUUAAUGGAUGCCAUAAUGGAAAAAUUAAAUGAAAAGAAGAAACUGCUAGAAGAGUAUAGUUCUCUGAUGAAACACACUGUAUGAUGUUGCUAAGACCUAUCUUUGCAAAGUG